AUGACAACUCGAAGAUUAGGAUUAGGUCCCACAUCAAAAGAUUUUGAAGAACCAGCUCAAUUGUCAGGUCCUUUGACAAAAGCUCAUGCAACAGAACUAGUCCUUCGUUUAAAUAAUGAAGAACGAAAAAUGUUAUUUAAUGCUUUACAGGAAUAUGAAUCGAACAGAUUAAAGGAAGACUUCGAAGAUAAAUUGGCUGGCCAAAGGUGGAGAAGUAAACUAGGACGUCCUAGUAAAGUACCAACUUUAGGUGAUGUUGAUCCUACUGGGUCAUAUUGUCCUGUUCCUGAAGAUUGGCUAAAGAAAAAAUAUGCUGCUACAGUACCAAAACCAACUACAAAGGAACUCUUUCACUUGUCACUGGCAAAUUCAAUACCUUUCAUUGGAUUUGGUUUCUUGGACAAUUUCAUCAUGAUCAUAGCUGGUGACCGUAUAGAGAGUAGCAUGAGCGCGUACAUCACGCUGUCGACAAUGGCGGCGGCGGCGCUGGGCAACACGUUCAGCGACGUGAUCGGCAUCGGCUCGUCGUACUACGUGGAGCGCGCCGCAGCGCUGGUGGGCCUGGGCGCGCCUAAGCUGUCGCCCGUGCAGCUCGACAUGCCCAUCAGCAGGCGCUUCGCCAACAUGGGUCGAGUUUUAGGCAUCACACUUGGCUGCUUCCUCGGCAUGAUUCCACUCCUUUUUAAAGAUGACGAAAAGAAACCAGAAUCCUCA